AUGCCCGCCCUGGGAUAUUUCCCCGCAGAGCGCAAGUCUACCCUUCGUCGUGCGCUGACUCCGAAUUUUAAUUUUGCUUUAACGCCUGCUACUACCAAAGAAAGACAAGACUCCAGCGCUCGUCCGUGCCGUCCAGGUACAAGCGGUGCCGUCCCAAUUUCAACGGUAGCUUGGGCAGCUAAUCCUCCUAGGCAUUCAGCAUUAUCGUUCGUCGGUGUGGAAUCAGAAACCGUGGUUGACAUUGAUCCGGCAUACGUAUGUGGCUCACAAUUUAAAACCAACGGUAUGUUGAACAAUAUAGUUCCAGACAUUAAGGUGCCGAGGGAGGCUCGUAACUUGCUAUCUCCGGGGCGACAGGACCGCGGAGCAAGAGGCAGCAUCUGUUCAGCAAAAUCGGACGAGUCUAUGAAAUCGGACUCACUAAGCGACCGUGGCGGUACUGCUCACCCAUCACCGCUACGGAGGAGUUCCAUCCGUCCCCUCUCACAGGAACCAAGGAGAGGGAGUAUAACACGACUGGGAAUGACUGACGGACGGUCAGCCACUUUCUACCGACUAACAACAACAACACCUAACACGCCGAAUAAUCUAUCACUGGAUAGAGGUAUUGACCCGGGCCGUCGUAGGGGAUCUGCCAUUGGACUUGAUCUGCCGUCGUUGCAGUACUUGCGUCGACGCCGCAGAAUACGGCUAAACCCCGAUACGACACAGCAACCAAAUACACCGCAAGAUAAAACAGUGCCAGAUACUGCAAUCCAAGUGUCGGAGAUGUCUUUGAUUGAUCGAUUUCGGCGCGCCGCCAAUAUUGUCUUUGUUUGUGUCCUGUUGGCAAAAAGGGGAAACAAACGAACGAAACGGGAGAUGAAAGAUCCAUUCGGCAAUAUUGAGAAUACAAACGAUACUUUUGGUGGAUUGGCGUUCAAUCCAUCCUACUUCAAGGCCAAUAGACAGCAAAGACUUUCAGAAGAAGCCAAACGAAUACUAACCUCUGAUAGGUCACAAAGAACAGACUAUCAGUUAAAAUACGCUCAAAUCGGUCUUCGGAAUAUCGAGUCGUUCGCGGAGUACCCAGUGCGUAUGCAACAAAAACUAUGUAAAGUUGGCUGGCUGGAAACGUUCGAGCCUGGUAGAUGUAUCGUCCGACAAGGACAUAUUGCGCAUGCGUUUUAUAUCAUCCUCUCUGGCACAGUCAUGGUAACGGUGACUGAUGGUGAAAAUAGCAGAGUAGUAUGCUUUCUAAAGAGAGGGGAAGCUUUUGGUGAACUCGCCAUUUUGAACAACAGUAAACGUGCAUCUACCGUCAUAUCACGCGACUGUGUAGAGCUUCUAGCAAUAUCAACAGAAGACUUUGAAGAUAUUUUCAUGUGCCAGGGUGGGGUAAAGAACGUUAAUGACCCAGAUCACCAUGAAUUCUUGUCGUCUUUACAUUUCUUGAAAGAUUGGCCAUUGCAUCUUCUUGAAACACAUCCAACGGAGUGCGUUUUCAAUUUUUUCAGGCGAGGAGAUGUGCUUGUAAAAGACAGUAACUAUUCAGAUUGGAUUUACAUUGUGAAAUCUGGGAGCGCGUACGUCUUGAAGAAACUAAAAAAAGUGAAGCCGUGUCUUAGAAAGAGGAUAUAUUCCGACGAUGACGGUGUGUUGUCUUUACUCGCCGGAUCACCUAGAAACCUAACGAGGAUCAAUAAGUUGUUGUCCCAUCACGACGACGUAAUCGCCGGGGAAAACGAGACACCACGUGACUCUGACGAUGACAUUCACAAACACACGGAGACGUCAAGCAACGAGAGCGGUACGCGUGCUCGAAAUGGUUAUCAUAACAACCCAGAUAGUUUAAAACGAAAACGGAGGUUAAUAAUGCCAACCUCGAAGGGUGUAUACCUGUCAACGACAACUCAGCACACAAAGACGAAAAGCAUUCAUGACAAGAAGGUGAAGAAGAAAAAGGACAAAGGUAAACGGAAAGGCAUAAUAAAAAGAUAUAUUAAGAAACAAGGCAGUAAGAAAAGUGUCAAAAGUGAGAAUGAAAGAGAAAUAACUAAAAUAAUUGUCGAGUAA